GGGGCGGGUUUUGUCAUUUAUCACUGUUCAGCCCCCAACUCAUGUUGAGAAAGUACGCCCCAGCCAGUGAGACAAUGUCUGCUUCUGUCUGCCAUCAGUACUUGUCCCAGUGUGACGAGGUGCUGAUGAUGAAGGAAGGCCGUCUGGUGGAGCGAGGCACGCACGCUGAGCUGAUGGGGCGUCGCGGGGAGUACUUCAAGCUGGUCAGCUACGACACGACCACGUCGGCUCACCAGGCGCCGAGUGAACACCUGACACCCGGCGGCACCACCGAGGAGGAAGUGGAGAAGAUCAAGAAACGUCUGACGGGAGAGGAGAGCUUUGUGCCCAAACUGGGCUUCUUCAGCCUGCUGUACCUGUACAUGAAACCGGCCGGCUUGGCCAUCAUGAUGGUAGUCGUGCUGCUGAUCAUCCUCUUCGGCGUUAGCCGUUCGGCCAACGGCGUCUACCUUCAGUACUGGCUGGACACAGGCGACGGACUCAUGGAGGAACGACUCCGGAAUCAGACCGAGUACAACAUGACCUACACUGCGGAGCAGCUGGUCGGUGUCAUCAACGACAAUCCAGACCUACACCAGCACAUGAUCAUCUACUCCAUGAUGGCCGUCGUUAUGUGCGCAAUCGGCGUUGUUAAAGGUUUGGGAGUCGCACUGCGCGUGAUCAAGGGUGCCACGGCCGUCCACAAUCGAAUGUUUGACGGGCUGAUGCGCUGUAAGAUGAGCUUCUUCGACGCUAACCCCGGCGGUCGCAUCCUCAACCGGUUCUCGCGUGACUUGGAUGAACUGGACAACAAGAUUCCGAUGCUGUUUGAGUUUCUGCUGCAAGGAGGAGCCAUGAUCUUGUCGCAGUUUCUGAUCCCCACUGCCUCCUUCCCGGAAUACAUAGUGCUGGUCAUCGUAGUGCUGGCACUGUACUUCUUCUUGGGUCGCGGCCUGAUCUCCGGCAUCCGCGAGACCAAGCACGUGGAGAACUUGAUGCGCUCGCCGGUGGUGCAUCACAUCACGUCGACGGUGGCUGGCCUGCCUGUCAUCCGCACCUUCGGCCGCGAGGAGGUGUUCACCCAGAGGUUUGAGGAGCUGUUGGAUCGACACACCUCAUCCAAUCUUCAGUUCCGCCUGUCGUCUGUGUGGUUCUGUCUGCGGCUGGACGAGCUCGGCACCGUCAUGAUCACGGCCGUGGCGCUGUUCGUUGUGUUCGCGCGCGACGCCUCGCCCGCCAUGGUCGGCCUCUGCCUCUCGGUCGUCUACGGCUCCGUCACCUUCGUCUCCUUCUGGAUCCGCAUGACGGCCGAGCUGAGCGCCCGCCUCACGUCCGUGGAGCGCUGCGACGAGUACAUCCGCAGCCUGGACUACGAGGCGCCGCUGCACGUUCCGGAACGCGCGCCGCCGGCGUCCUGGCCGCAGCGCGGCGGCGUGGAGCUGCGGGGCGUGUGCCUCCGCUACCGGCCUGAGCUGCCCAGAGUGCUGCACGACAUAAGUCUGCAAGUGCAGCCCGGCGAGAAGGUCGGCGUUGUCGGACGCACGGGCGCAGGCAAGUCGACCCUCAUCUCCACGCUGCUGCGUAUGGUGGAGGUGGAGACGGGCACCAUUCUGAUCGACGGCCUCGACAUCCGGCCGAUGGGGCUGCAUGACCUGAGGUCACGUAUCGACGUCAUCCCGCAGGACCCGGUGCUCUUCUCUGGUACCAUCAGACACAACCUGGAUCCGUUCGACGAAUACCCCGACGAAAAGCUAUGGACUAUACUAGAGAAGGCCAACCUGAAGAAGAAGGUGUCGCGGGCGGAUCAGCAGCUUCAGAUGAAGGUCACUUCAGUCGGUGAUAACUUCAGUGUCGGCGAGAAGCAGCUGAUCUGCUUGGCGCGCGCGCUGCUGCGCCAGAACCGAAUCUUGCUGCUGGACGAGGCCACGGCGUCGGUGGACGUGGAGACGGACCACCUAAUCCAGCGCACCAUCCAGGACAACUUCAGUGCCUGCACCGUCAUCACCAUCGCCCACCGGCUUAACACUGUAGUCGGCUACGACCGGAUCGUCGUCAUGGACGCCGGCAAGGUGGUCGAGCUGGACACGCCGCUGGCGCUGAUGGAGAACGAGAGCUCGCUGUUCCGCCAGAUGAUGGGCCACGCCGGCUUCACCACCGUCGAACAGCUGCUUGAGCUGCAGAACAAGAGACGGUAGACGACGCUGACUUGUAGACUGCCAGCUCUGUUCUUUCGUUGUCAGGGAAGGCCGUCCGCUACACUGUUACUCAAUGAGAUGCACGCCUCUUGUUGAGAAUUCGUGUGGAAAUCGUCCACGGUGCUGUAAUGGGACGUUACUCGAGUGAUAAUCCCGCUGGCGGUGUAGUGUGUGUGUACCAGUUCGGGCGCGUGCAGAGUGAAGCCGACUGGCUCGGCCUCACGAGAGCCCGAAUCUGUUCUCUCCUCCAGUUAGUCGAGGCAGCUUGGAAGCUCAGCUCCAGGUAUAUGCUGUGUGCACGCAUAAACAUGCCGUUCGCGCGCACCCAGUACGUCACUGGUAUCGCUACGAUGAUUACGGCGUAAUGUGAUGACCAAGAUAAACAAGAUAACCGGGAUCAGUGACCGGUAUCAAUGUUGUGCCGACGGCUCUUGUUCCGUCAGAACUCCGUGUUCACCGUGUAGAAAUAUAGUCAUAAUAUGUGCCUCGCAACGGUCCUGUCAACUAUCAGUGCUUAAUCGACUAACUAUUUCUUAGAAAUAUAUGAUCGUGU